AUGAUUGAAAUUAGAAUUAUCUUAGAAACGGCUUUCAUAGAGAUUCCCUCUAACAGCUUGUGGACCAAAGGAAUGAUAAUUACUUCUCCUGAAUGCUUGGGAAAUCUCUGAUCGAGUUUUGCCAAAGCUCUCUUUUAGCACAAUGGUUAUAAUGAAAAAGCUUGCAAUACAAAAUCCCCCAAAUACAAAGAAAAAUAACGUAUUAGAUUCGUGAAAUUGGAUAUAAAUAUUCAUACUGUCCGUGAUCCAGGAGGCAAUUGUUGGGAGGAGCAAAACUACUCCAUUAGUCAACCAAUGAGCAGACGUGGUUAUGGCCAUCCCUUUAUCUGGUGGAAGCAAGGGUCACCCGAAAAUUGGUCGCAAAGAUUGUUACAAAAAUUGUUGAUAAUAUAUUUGCAAAGCUGUCAAACAUGGGAACUCCAUAAUCAGUGUAAUUUACCUCUAAAGAUGCUUGAAAUAGCACUGUUAAACAAAAUCAGCUAACAAGGAAGCCAAUAAGAAGGAGUGUCUUCCUUCUUCAGUAUGUGAGAAACACCAUUGUAACUGGAACCAAUAGGAGAUUCAGGAAAGAAAUGAUCAGUCUUAAAUUCCAACGACUCGAGUCAGGAUUAAAUCUCAAAGAGGAAGCAAAAUUGAUAACAAUAUCAAUACCUGACAACUCAAUUAUUCAUCUCAAUAUGACUCAAGCCCACAGUUUCCGCUUGCCUCUCGUCUUACAAAGAGCUUUCCAGGUAUCUUUUUCCAUUCUGGUCGGAGGUUGUCUUGAUGCUUGUUGGAUAUUUGUGAUGAAUUCAUCUCCAUAAGCCGAGUCCACCGAUGCAUUUUCACCACUUGUUUCAUAAGAAUCUGACUUAGAGAUAAGAUAUUCUUCAUAAAUAGGAUUUUCUCUCCUAAAAAUAAAUAAGAGGCAGAGUAGUUUCAUGAAGGCAAUGAUAAUCGGACCUGAAAAUAUUUCUCUCCAGAUUAUAUGCUUUCCUUCCAAAGGCUUGCAAUAGUCAUCGACUCGAGAGAAGGGUUGGGUGAAGUCAGGAAGCCAAAAGUUCAUGACAUAUGCAUAAAAUUGACCAAUAUUUACCCAAAGUGCUAUGAAUCAAAUUAAGAUUCCUCUCAUUUUCUCAGGGGCAACCUCCAUGAUAAACAUUGGAGAUAGAGCAUUUGAAAUUCCAAAAGAAAAGCCCAUGAUUCCUCUUCCGAUUAUAUAAGCUUGA